AUGGCCGGAAGAAACGCUAUCAAUAAACCAAAGAUCAAGAUGCACGCACAUAGUCAUGCCAAAUCAUUAGGAAGAAAAAGAGCAGCCCGUAGAACAACAGCUACAAGAUCCUCCACAUCCAGAUACGCAUCAAAAGGAACCACUGCUCCAAGACCAACUGAUUCUAAAGCAGUUGCUUUAUAUACCGGUGAUAUCCCAGCACCAGCUUCAACUAUGACAACCACAACAUUAUCCAAUAAGAGAGCCAAGAAGAUUGCUAGAAAUCAGAAAUACAUGGCUGCUAACAAGGCUGCUACUAAAACUAAUACAGAAUCCAUGGAUGUCGACGAGAUCUUGACUGAAGAACAGAAACAAACCAAGUUAGAUCAAGUGAAAAAGGCUUUGUGGAGUGUAAUAGAAAAUCAUUCCAAGUCUGGAUUUUCCGUAGUAGCUGAUUCAGAAGGAACCACCUUAGGUAUACAGUCAUUCUAA